AUGUUUACAGGUAUUUCGCCAUUGUCCACACCAUCACAAUCGCCAGUAGUAUUUCUUGAUCCACAAAGACCGGCAAAAUUAUCAUCUUACAACGCAGGAUCGUCAUAUGAAACAUCUUAUUUCUCUCCACAAGUGACAAGGAGAACGUCUUGGGCGCGUCCAAUAUCGAGAGAAACACGAUCUAUUGAUAGCAGAAAUGACAAUUAUGAUGUUGAGAGCUUUCAAAACUAUGAUUCAGAUGAAGUGUCUGAGGAUGAUAGUGCAUCCAGUUUAGACACGAGAAUCCCGUUCGUCGCGAAAAGCAUGCAAAAUACACCAGAUACGUUGACGAAACCUAUAACUGUUACGACAUUGUUUCAAAUUUCACAGUGUUUCUCCGUGUCACUUGCAAAGGAAUUUGUCAAUUCGUUAAACUGGUCCAAAGCACUAUUUAAUGAUUCACAAGAUCGAUGUUAUUGUACUAAUUGUUAUGCAAGUUCAUGGGAUGAUGUUAUCUCAGCAGGCAAUGCCAAAUAUGUCAUACCACGUGGCUGGACUCGUUUAGGUCUUCAUGUCGAUCAAAUGCUUGACGAUGAACAUGACAUUUGGAAUAAAUGGAUAGUAACAUUUCAUGGAACUACAAAAAUAGCUGCACGAUCAAUUCUUAUUCACCGACACUUCUAUUUACCAGGAGAUAAAUUAAUUGAUGGAUCCAUUUUGGGCAUUAGAGACGGACAUAUUCCUGAUAAAAAAUUUAUUUUUACGUCACCCACUAUUGCUUAUUCAAGUUCGACGAUAUACACUCCGAAUAAUGACUUUUAUUCCAACACGAAUCAUAUCUUAUAUGAAGUGCAGCUUGUGCUUCAAUGUCGACAACAACCAAACUCAUUUAAAAUGCAAGGUGAAACAAUCGAAGCUGGCUCAAAACGCCUUUGUCCACAUAUUCCAAAUGAACAAAUUGAAUAUUACACUGACAUACGAUCAUCAAUUAUUGCCUACGGACUACUCGUACGAUUUCGCGAGAAAAGGCGAUAG